AUGCAUUUGACAUCAUUGGCGGCCGGUGGUAGUCAACAGGUCGCUGCAACAGCUUACACAGCAUCCAGUUUAUCCUCAUCAUCGUCGUCCAUAGCGGCGGCUGUUGCCACAGCACCACUUUUGUUAGGCGGCAGUGGUGGUGGUAGCAUCAUUGAAUCAGCUGCCGGUGCUACCACCAAUAUUUCACCCUUGGAUAAUAUCACUGGCAACAUGGUGAUUUCUUCAGUAUCUCCUGGCACGGCGACAACAACAUUUGUUCAAGGACAUACGCAGCACAACAAUAAUAACAAUCAUCAUCAUAGCCACCAUACCACCCACCAACACCCGCCGCCUCAUAGCCAUAGUGGUCACACAUCUUUGGGUCAUUCUGCAGCAACGCACACACUUUGGAAUUCCGAAGGUCCAGCAUCAAUGGCAUCGGACACCAUAGUGGCCAGUAGUUCAGCCAGUGUGGGCAGUAAUUCGCCAAAUGGUGCGGCCAGUAAUGGUACGGCGAAUAGUAAUACCAGCAAUAGUACGGCGGCAAAUACAACAACAUCAGCAGCAGCGACAACAAAUGGCAACAACAAUGCGAAUAGUAAUGGCAACAAUAAUUCGGGAAGUAGCAGCGGUAACAACAACAAUAAUAACAAUGUUUUACAUCAAGAUUUGGCCUGGUUGGAGCGAUCAAUUCUGCAGGCCCAUCAACAGUUUCCAAAUGAGUUAG